UGGCCCGCCCAUAUUUAUUCAAUCGAUGGCCGCAGCCGCGCACACAGCCCCCAUCACCUCCAUCCGCCCUCGCUGCUCACCGCCGCGCUCCUGCCCGCAGCGUCCCUGCCACCCGUCUCGCCUCCGACGCCGCCCCGCACGGCCAACCCUGCUUUCGUCCAUCCCCGGCAAAUCCAUGCCCUCUCGCCCUCGCUUGUCGCUCGGCUCCCGUCGACCUUCACAUCGCGGCUCACCGCCACAUCAUCUCCGCGAUCUCUGAUCCUGUCAAACACAUCCCUUCGUUCGACGCGCAACAAAUUCAUCGCGCGCCCUACCCACCAUGAUCUCGCUGUUUCAUUGACUCGUCCACGUGAGCUUCUUUCCAACCAAGUCGCAUACGUCUGCACCCCUCGAAUCACGUCCUCUUGGAUCCUGAUACAACCCCCUCAAGUACUCGUCACGAGCCUCGCGAAUGGCCGCAGCCGCGCUCGCACGUGCCUCGCCGUCUAUUAUAGUAGUCAACGCCCGCCCGUGCGGCCUUUCGGGCUCGGGCUUACAGCAGCACGCUUCUUCGUGGCCCAAGAUUCGCGCCACAUACAAGUGAUGACGCACGUGCCAUCUCGCUAUUCACCCAAUUACGCGACAAACAGCGGGCGUCCGCCAGCGGCCCUGGCCCAGGUCGAGCGCCGGCGCUCGUCGCUUCUCGCUCGUGGCGCACUUGUCACGGAUCCCCCAUCAAUGAUCUCGCAGAGAUCCGUCCUGCCCGCGCGCCUCUGCCGCAUCGACAUACAGUGCGUCCGUGCGCCGUGCAUCAUCGCAGCCCGCUGCCCGCUCCACGAUGCGCCCGAUCCAACUCCCCGACUCUCCGUACUCCAACUGCGCCGGGCCACCUGUCAAUGGGACCCGCUGGUCCAGGCCCAGGCGCGCGCUGCGCAAACGCGUUAA